AUGAGCUGCCAUUAUCUUGAAGAACUGUCUGGCGGAAGAGGAGACGAGCUUUCGCUCUAUAUCCGCUGGAACGAUGCUCGUCUUGUUGUCACCUUGAACCAUUGCCCGUUAAAACUUGCGGUACCCCCAGUGGAGAAUUCUUUCAUCGACAGAUACACUCAGGCCUGCGAUGCUGAUGACAUUGAAGAGGCUGAGGUUCUAUCAGACGAAAUUCUCGACGCUCUUGUCGACGCUGGAAGAGACAUAUUUAAUCGUCUAGCUCCGCCACCUCCCUCUGGCGAAACAUUAUUGCAAGACCUUCACACCCUGCUGUACCCCAAAGAGUAUUUCUUUUCUUUUCAAACGAUGAACGGAAAAGCAGAGGUGCGGCGCCAGGAUAGUGGUGUUAAGCAACGCCCUGUUUUCUCUACUCAGGAAAUCCAUGUCGUCGAAAAUCUUCGCAACGCAGGUUAUAUCGCCUGUGUACAAGUCGCGGGCAAGGAGAUGUGUUCAAAGGCUGGAGAUAGCAAGGGCCAGGAUGCCGCACAACGAGAGCUUGACUGCCUCUGGAAAAUUAUGAUAUCCCCUCACGCAGCUUCCAUCCGGGUACCCAAGCUUCUCGGUCUGAUCUCAACACCUGCAAAUGGCAACACUAUUGGUUUCUUGGAGGAUUAUAUCCCAGUCUCAGAAGCUUGGGAAUUGUCAACACUUGGAAAGAUCGAUGAUGUCUCUACGAUUGACGAGAGCCGUCGGAAGAAGUGGGCAUCUCAGGUUCAGGGCACAGUUGAUCUUCUUCAUGAGAUUGGUAUUGUAUGGGGUCAUGGCAAGGCUUCUAGUGUAUUGAUUCAUCGUGAAACGGACGACGCAUGGGUCAUCGACUUCGGGGGCGGCUGGACAGAAGGUUGGGUAGAUGAAGAAUUAAGUGGAACUGUGAAGGGAGACGAGAUGGCUGUGAAAAAGAUAUUCGAGUACCUGCAAGUUGCAUCAGCUAACAAAUGA